AUGGAAAGGUUUUCAGAUGAUUCAAGGUGUAUCGCCUGGAUGCCAGUUUCUGAAUCAUCAACUGCUGAAACCCCAUAUAAUUCUUCAAAUACACUUCAUUUUGUCACUACGGUCACCGAGUGUGCCAUUCCGUAUUAUCGAACACAUUCGAACUUUGGAUCAUUGGGACGGAGAAAAGUAAGACAAGUGCAGAGAGAUCUCUCGUAUCGAUGGCCAAACAAUAUGGUGCCGUAUUUUGUGGGAAAUGUGACAAGUAACAUCAAAAAGUCAGUUAGGAUGGCCAUAGAGGAGCUCCAUGCAUGGACGUGCAUUAGGUUUCAGAAUGUCAAUGAGAGAUAUUCAAACGGCGACUCGGUACGAAUUGUCGACCUCGGAUCGUGUUCUUCGCCAAUCGGACGUCAACAAAUUGGAAAACAAGAUGUCUCUUUAACGAAAAAUUGUUGGGGGAUGGGGACUGCCAUUCAUGAGUUGAUGCAUGCCAUUGGAAUAGAGCACACUCAGUCGAGAAGUGAUCGAAACAGAUAUUUGGAUAUUCUAGCUCAAAAUAUCGAUCAGCGAGAUCUUCCAAACUUCGAACUUCUUUCUCCUCGUCUGUGGGCGAAUCUGGUACCUUAUGACUAUGGAAGUGUUAUGCAUUACUCUGCUGACUCGUUUUCCAACAAAGAUGACGAGCAAACAAUGCUUCCAAAAGAUAGAACAUUCAUCGAAACGAUGGGUAGUAUGAUUCCGAAUUUCUACGAUUUCGAUCAAAUCAAUCAAUACUAUAAUUGCUACGAUUCAUGUCGAAACUCGGGUGAACAAGUAGCAAAUUGUGCAAAUGGAGGGAUUCCGAAUCCAAAUAACUGUCAAAUCUGUAACUGUCCGAUGGGUUAUGGUGGAGAUCUUUGUGAUCAGAGGCCAGAAGGAUGUGGUUCUACACUUGUAGCUACAGAUCGUUGGCAGAAGCAAAAGAUGACAGUGCGAUUCAGUAAAAAUGAUGAUCAGUACUUCACAUUUUGCAAUUCCUGGGUUGUUGGGCCUGCUGGACAGACGAUUCAAGUGAUUUACGAAAUAACUUCCGAGUCAACUAGACGGCAGAUUUGUUCAUUUGGAUGUUAUGAAGGAGGGAUUGAGGUGAAACAUCUGGAGGAUCCGAGAAUCACCAAUGAUCGAGACUGUUGUUUGAAUACUCCAUUGAAUGUAACAACGACAGUGAAUCCUCUUCCAGUCAUCAUUUACACAUCUGGAGCCACUGUUACCUACGAUUUCUCUUACCGAUACUUGUGA